AUGUCAAAUGCAUGGAGAUGUGAAGCUUGCUUAGUUAUGAACUCAGAAGAUGCAUAUGAAUGUGUGUGUUGUAUGCAGAAAAGAAAUAUAAAUAUUGAAGAUAAUGCAAAUACUGCUACUGUAACUUCUAGUACUAUAGAUUCUAAUAAUAAUGAUAAUAUAAAUAAUAGUGAAAAAAAAAAAAAUAAUAAUAAUAAUAAAAAAUUAACUAAUAAUGAAAAAGCAAAAUCAAGUGAGGAAAGCAUAACAAAAAAUAAAAAUACAAAAGUUAAGAAGAAUGCUACAAAUAUACUAAAAGAUACUAAAAAGAAAGAAAAAAAUAACGUAAAUGAAAAUGUAAGUAAGCUAGAAGGAGGAGGCUUCAUGCCAUCUGUUAAACCAGCAGAUAACCAUGAAUCCAGCAAAAGUAUUUUUUUAACAGGAAUUGAUAAUACAUCUACUCCCAUUGUUACUACUACUAGUAAUAAACAAAAAAAGGAAUUAAAAAAUAAUUUGGAAGAAAAAAAUAAAGUUAUGGAAAAAAAUAAAGUUAUAGAAAAAAAUAAAGAGAAAAAAAAAAUAGAGAGCAAUGAAAAAGGCAGUAAUAAAAGAAUACAACCAGCAAGAAAAUGUACACAGAAAAAAAUAUGUUAUAAAACUUAA